AGCCAUUGCGUCACAAGUCAAAGAGCCCUCUGUGUUUCCACUCACUCGACGUUUUCUAUCGAAAGUAGUGUUGCUUCAGUUGAAGCGUAAAUGGGCGGUUUAUUGUACGUCCCAGUGUGUAUAUUUCAUCUACUUCACCUGAAUACUGUCCAUUAAAAAGUAAAAUCAAGUUACGACAUAGCUAAAUACACUAUUGUUGACUUUUCGCUUGCUGGCUAGCUCCGCCAGCUGAGUCUAACGUCAAGAUGGACCAGGCAGCGAGCCGAUACCAAGUGUUUGAGAAUGAUGAAGACGACUCCUGUGAGCCCUCCACCAGCGCCCAGCAGCCGUGCACCUCGUCCCAGGCCAACUCGUCCUCCCAGGCCUGCCCUGUCCCAGUAGCCCUGGGGGGGGAUGCAGAGGCCCCACCUCCCCCGUAUGCCAGCAUCGCCAUGGGAGCCACCGCUGCCAUGCCUGUAGAGAGCAGUUGUUACCCAAGGGAUUUCCCCGUGCCGCCUCCCUACAGCGUGGCCACCUCUCUUCCCACCUACGACGAGGCAGAGAAAGCCAAAGCUGCAGCCAUGGUACUCUCUGCUGUGGAGGUGAUACCAGGGGAGGAUGACUUCCCUCCAAGGGAUGACUUCAGCGAUGUCGACCAGCUGAGGGUGGGGAACGACGGCAUUUUCAUGCUGGCCUUUUUCAUGGCCUUCCUGUUCAAUUGGAUUGGGUUUUGCUUGUCAUUCUGCCUGACCAACACCAUCGCCGGCCGAUACGGGGCCAUCUGCGGCUUUGGCCUCUCUCUCAUCAAGUGGAUUCUCAUCGUCAGAUUCUCGGACUACUUUACUGGAUACUUCAAUGGGCAGUACUGGCUCUGGUGGAUUUUCCUAGUCCUCGGUCUCCUGCUUUUCUUCAGAGGGUUCGUGAACUACCUGAAAGUGCGUAACAUGUCUGAAAGCAUGGCUGCCUCGCACAGAACACGCUUCUUCUUCCUGUACUGAGGUUGUCGCUCCAAACAUUCCUCCUUAAUGUGAAAUUCCCUGAGGAUUUGCAAGCCUUUUCUCGAAUGACCAGGCCAAAAAAAAACACAGUGAAAAGACGUGAGGAAGAAAAGAACCAGUGCGUCAUUACAGCUGCGAAAGUCUGGCGUCUUUCAUUAAAAGCAAAAACAGCUGACUCGUCUCUUUUUCAGAAAGUCCAUACAAUACAGAUUAACCCAGCUAAAUAUACCCUAUGUGUUUCUGAUAUUUCCACCGGCUUUGUUUGGCUCUGUCGAUUUCAAUUGCCUUCCUGAUCUAACCCCUGUAAUGGUCCCAUCCUGCUUAAUAUCCCAAGUCUUGUACAGUGAAUACACCUUAACAGGGGGGUAGUAUAGUGCAGUGUAGUAGCUGGGUCUACCUGUUGUGGAUGUUUGUGGAAAAGCACACACAAGAAGAUGGAAGAAAACAGUAUGCAGCCAAGAGGUCUUAUGCAGUUGUGUCCUUACCUGAACUGGAUAUCUGCUCCUAAUGAGGAUGAGGAUGAUGAUGAAACGGUUAGUCUAGAGCUCUAUCGGGAGUGUCAAUAUUACAAUUUGAAUUGUAUCCCUUAAUUUUAAUCCCCAUAUUUAAUUGUCUUUGGUAUAAAAAUAUGUUAUUUGAUGAAACUCAUGACUUUUUUAUUGUGAAAUGAUUGAACUGUAUCACAGCUUAUGCCAAUUUAUAUGUGCAACCUCUUUCUCCAUCAGUUGUGAAUUGCUUACUUGUCAUAGUGCGUAUACUGAUCUCUUUGUCAGUCCAAUUUUGAACUGGAAAUUGCGUUUAUCCCCAAAAAGGAUAUCUGCCUUUUGCACUUUUUUUUGUUCAUUUUUUUUUUUUUUUUUUUUCUUCAAAAAAAUUAAUUUUCAUUCAGUUGAUUAUUGCAAUUAGCCUGAACUGUGAUAUUUUAAAGUAUUGUCGCCUUUCUUUAAUGCUUGAAUGAUGCCUUUAUCAUUUUGUUUCUGUUACACAGAAGCCUCAUCAGCAAUAUCGAAAAAUGUAACUUAAAUGCACGAUUAUUCUGGCCAAGUUGGUUAUAAUAGUAUUCAGCUAAAACAACGUUAUUAAUAUUAUAUUUGUAUGUUUGUAAAACAGCCAAACAAUUUUUGUCAGAAAUGAUGGUACUCAGAGAUGAUGAUGCGUGCUUGUUAACCCUUUAACCUGAAGUCUUGCGAAAUGCCAAUAAAGUUCCAAAUGCACCCUG